AUGAACAAGUUAAGAGAGAAGAUAAUAAGAUUAUUAGAUGAUCCAACUAUAAAUAAUGAAAAUGAGUUUAAAACAUAUGUAAUCAAAGUACAGAAGAUUAUAUUUCAAUAUGAACGUAGUCUUUAUAAUGAUUAUACAGAUGAGAAUAAAGAAGAAAUAAGAUCAUUUAGAAAGAAUUUGUCUAGUAUAAUCACUUUUUAUAAAAAAGAAUCUUUAUUUAAAAAUAAUGAAGAACCUAAAUUUAGUAGUAAAGCAAAAGAUGGUCUUUCAACCUUAAAAUUACUAAAUGUACAACUUGCGACUGCUAAGGUUAAUAAAAAUUUAUUAGAGAAAGGCACCUUAAAAUUAGUUGGUUUGAAUUAUACAAGUAAAGAUAUUAAAGAAGGUAUAAUUGGUGCAAAUAAAAAAUUAAAAAAUCUUAAUAUACAAGAAAAAAAUGAAAUUAGAAGACUAAGAAUUGUUUUUACUGUCUUUUUAUUGAUUACAUUUUUAAUAAUUAUUGAUAAGCUCUAUUUAAAAUUUAGAGUUACUGAAUUGAUGAAGGAAGUACCUGAAGUUAAUGAGAGGAGGAGUUCUAUUUUAUAA